UAUCACCAUUAUUGAUGAUAUAUAGAAGAAGCACAUAGGGACACACAGAAGGAAAGAAAGAGAGAAACAACAAACCAAGGGAAAGGUCACAUUUCAUAUCAUCAACCAAAUCAUAGAUCAGAGAGAGAGAGAGAAAGAUAGAGAGAGAUUCUGAUUCAUUCACCUUCUACUUCCAAUGGAAGUCAGCCGGAAAAUGGUGAACUUGCUCGGCGGCGGCGGCGGCGGCGGCGGUGUUGGGGAUUUGAACCUCAAGGAGACUGAGCUGUGCCUCGGCCUGCCUGGAGGAGGCAGCUCUGAGGUGGCCGAGACACUGAGGGCCACCGGGAAGAGAGGGUUCUCGGAGACCGUCGAUCUCAAGCUCAAUCUCCAGACCGAGGAGUCCGCGCCCUUAGAUCUGAAGGAGGUGCCCGUCAAGAAUGGCCCCAAGGAGAAGAAUCUCCUCUCUGCAGCUGAUUCCGCGAAAGAUCCCGCAAAGCCUCCUGCUAAGGCGCAAGUUGUGGGGUGGCCACCAGUGAGAUCGUACCGGAAGAACAUGAUGGCUCAGAAGAGCAGCAAAGACGAGAGCCCGAUCGAUCAGAAACUGAGCACAGCUAGUGCCGCAGCCUUCGUGAAGGUUUCCAUGGAUGGUGCACCUUAUCUCCGUAAGGUGGACCUCAAGAUGUAUAACAGCUACGACCAGCUCUCUGAUGCACUCGGGAAAAUGUUCAGCUCCUUUACCAUGGGGAACUAUGGGGCUCAAGGGAUGAUAGACUUCAUGAACGAGAGCAAGUUGAUGGAUCUCUUGAACAGUUCUGAGUAUGUGCCCACCUACGAAGACAAGGAUGGGGAUUGGAUGCUCGUCGGUGAUGUCCCGUGGGAGAUGUUUGUUGAAUCAUGCAAGCGCCUGCGCAUAAUGAAGGGAUCGGAAGCGAUUGGCCUCGCUCCAAGAGCUAUGGAGAAAUGCAAGAGCAGAAGCUGAACACAUCUCUCCUUCAAGUCCAAUCCAUUGCUCUGAUCUUUUCUAGUGGAUUCAAAACAAAGGGGCCUAAUUGCACAAGACAUUGUGUGCGUUUAAGGGAAAAGGGAUCGGCCGACUACACUAUGGUCGUCUCUCCCCCUUUGGAUGUGUCAUUUUUAAUUUGCUUUUGUCAUGAGAAUUUCGUAUAUAGACUGUCGAAUAUCUCUGGACAUUUCGUAAUCGGGGCAAUAAAAACUUUUAAUUAUUAUUAUUAUGAUGCAGUCAAAUUGUCUCUAGCUGGCCUCGUUUGAAUUUGAAUUUGUACUAUAAUUAUUACAAUAGUUUGCCAUCAAAUAAUCGACAUUUUGCUGUUGUGUGUUUUGCUUU